CAAUAGACUAACAGUUUGGUUAUCACCCUGCCUUAAAGAUAUAUCAGAUGAACGCUAUAAAGACUGUUAUAGCUGUCAAGUUGUACCGCAUUGAUCUCUUACUGUGCUGCGCCAUCUUGGUUUGUUAUUCACAUUUCACAUUGGAAGUAUAAUUUGAUACGACAGAAGGUUUUGCUAUCUCAGAUAAAGAUGGUUGAACCGUUGUGUUUGUUAAGAACCUCAAUGCUGAGCUGGUUGUUUACAUUGUGGCCUCCUAAGGUUCAAUUUUGCAACUAAAUGUUGUGUACUCCCUCCCCCCAUCUCAUCCUCCAUCACCACCAUCCUCGUGUUGUAUUUCGUGGGGAUUUAUUCGCCCAUAAUUAUUUGAAACUAACAAACACAUCAGCCGUAACUUUACAACAUUCAGCUUCAUGUUAAACAGUGAUAAUUAGAUACUAUAAUACUGAAAAUUUCAAACACAGAUAAACGGAGAUACAGACUACCAGUUUUGGUCACGGUAGUGAGAGCACUGCAUGUUUUCAUUGUUUUGAUUUUAACAUUUUUAUAUCAUCAUCAUGUCAGCCUUUGUCACACAUAAGGAUGACAAGUAACACUAAAUGUUUAAAUGCUAAAACUGCAACUUUUCAGUAUCUGUGCCAACAUUUUGCAUUUUUACUACUGCAGGCUAUCUUUUGAAGGCCUAGCGGGUCACUCAAGUUCACAGCAAAAUUAGACUAAAUUUCUAAAACUAUAAUAUGUGGAAGAAAGCUUUGUGGUGCAGAAAUGUCUGAUACUGUGGUCGCUUUGAGCUCAUGUUGACUUCCUCUCCCUCCGUACGUGGAAAGGUCUGCCAGCAACCUGCAGAUGAUCAUGGGUUUCCGCCCGGCUCUGUUGGGUUAGGUCCCACCAUAAUGCUGGUCGUCGUUGUUUAUAGGUGCAACAUGUAUAUAUGACGGGAGCAUGCUGUGGCUCAGUGAUAUGGUGUGGGAGUUCAAAACCAGCCUCAUGACAGUGCUCAAGAAACAGUCAGUGUAAUCGUGUGUUUGAAUGCGUGACUUUGGAUGACAGUUUAAGAAUGUCUCGGCAGUCAGUGUCGUGUAUUAAAGGCAGGGGCCACACACCCAAUGUUUCAAAUGCCAGCAACACAGAUUUGGCCGCUCUGUUUGAGUGUCCAGUCUGCUUCGACUAUGCCCUGCCUCCCAUCAUGCAAUGUCAGAGUGGGCAUAUUGUGUGUUCCACAUGUCGACAGAAACUGACCAUGUGCCCCACAUGUCGGGGACCCUUAGGUAACAUCCGUAACCUGGCCAUGGAGAAAGUGGCCAGUACUGUGAUGUUUCCAUGUAAAUACUCUUCAAGUGGUUGUCUGGUAACAUUGUUACACUCCAGUAAAACAGACCAUGAGGAAACUUGUGAAUUUAGACCAUACUGCUGCCCAUGCCCUGGAGCCUCUUGUAAGUGGCAGGGCUCAUUAGAUCAAGUCAUGCCACACCUUAUGCAGUCCCACAAGAGUAUUACUACUUUACAAGGAGAGGAUAUAGUAUUCUUGGCCACAGAUAUCAAUUUGCCUGGUGCUGUUGACUGGGUCAUGAUGCAGUCUUGUUUUGGGCACCACUUCAUGCUUGUUCUCGAAAAACAGGAGAAAAUCGAUGGGCUACAGAUGUUUUAUGCCAUAGUUCAGCUGAUAGGAACCAGAAAACAGGCAGAGAACUUCGGCUACAGGCUGGAGUUACAUGGCCAUAAACGCCGGCUGACAUGGGAAGCAACUCCGCGAAGUAUUCAUGAUGGUGUGCAAUCAGCUAUCAUGAGCAGUGACUGUCUUGUGUUUGACACUAAUAUAGCCCAGCUUUUCGCCGAUCAUGGAAACCUGGGAAUAAAUGUGACCAUAUUUAUGUACCCCUAGCAUCUUACGAGCUGAGAUAAUUAGUGCUGGUAUUACCUACAGGGCUCGUGGAAGGAAGUGACUGUGGCAGGCUUUGUUCUGGGACAAACCUUUCAAUAGCCUUGUAUUGUUAUAGAUGCUUCUUAACCUCCAGCUUUGAAAAUAUCCUGAUUUUCAUUGGUGUAUGUACUUUUGUUUUUAUAGAGUGCUGAAAUUCAGCAAAGAUUGAGAUUUCAUGAUCAGCUCCUGUACAGAGUUAAGGCACAGUUAGUGCUUGAUAUAAACAGCUGUAUCACAGUGGUCGUACAUGUAAAUCCCCUUGUGCCGUGAACAUAUCAGCCAAAGUAUACCCAUGAGGUAUCACACAGGAUUGCCAGAUGUACCAAGUGGUGUUUCUCCAAGUGGUUGUAUGUGAGUUUGGUCUAGAACUCCACUCUGGUUUAGCAUAUACUGACAGUACACAAGCCAGUACAUGUUUUCUACCCAUAGUGACAGUAAUCCAGUGUCUGUAUGUCUACUUGGCAGUCAGACCUGACAGACAGUGAGAGUGUACCAGUGCCUGUAUGUCUACAUGAGAAUCAGACCUGACACACAGUGGCAGUAUACCAAUACCUGUAUGUCUACAUGAGAAUCAGACCUGACACACAGUGACAGUAUAUCAGUACC